AUGCCUGGACGAACGCAAGUGCGUCAUGUUGUUGAUCCACCGCUACGAGAAGAGCGUCAGGCUGACAAUGUUGAUGUUCCUCUGCAGUGCGCUACUUGGGUGUCAAUCUCUCUGUCGGCGCCUCGAUCAUGCAUGUCAUUUUGUACGUUGUCAGCAGCAGUACCUAUGCACUGCGCUUACGUAUCGCAAAGCUGAUACUGUCAUGGAGCAGGUGGUAUCGUAAGGAUCUCAUCGCAGCAUGGAAUAAAUGGCGCACCAACGUGCACGACGAUCCCCACUACCUGAAGAUGCAAGCAUGUGAGCGCAUGAAGAUGAGGAGAGGAAGACCAAGCACUAAGGCGACGUUUCGGCUGACUGACUCUCCAACUGCGUCAAUCUAGAUCCCGAAUGCUCGAUGUGGGUGUACUUUGGUACAGCUAUGGGCGCCUUUGUGAUCGCUCUUGCGACGUUAUACGGAGGUCAUACAGGCAUGCCGUGGUACGCGCUGAUCGUCGCUGUGUUGGUGGCCCUGAUCGAACUGCCAAGUGAGUCUCCUCAUCAGGCCCCUUGCCAACUCGAUCGAUAGUUUCUGACCCCGACCACACGAUAUGCCUGCGCCAUCGCAGUCUUAUGCGUGAUGACGGCCAUCACUGGCUUCCGCACCACCGGAUCGACCGUGUUCCAAAUGUGAGUGUCAGUGCCUAUUGCUCAUCGCUCGAUAGGCCAUCUGAUCUUCAUCGCCUUUGCAGGUUGGGAUCGGCUCUUGUGCCCGGCAACGCUCGAGCGAAUCUAUACUUUGGAGUGAGUCAACUGCGGUCAAUGCCCGGCUAUAACUUCACUCAAGAACGAUCUACCUUCUUGAACUAGCUCUACAGCACAAAUAGCAUACAACAAGGAUCGAUGAUGGUCAAAGAUUUGAAGGUGAGUGCCACUCGUUCCUCGACUGCGGCCUGAGCUGCCAAGGACUCAAGUUUGGUCGCCGCCUUUAUCUCUCUCGCAGCUCGGCCAGGUGAGUCGGAUCACCCAUUAAUCAGCGGGAAACAGCGGGAAACUGGUCUUUAGCAGCCAGCAUCACGGUACUGAUUCAGGAUGGGGACCCGCUGCGGCCGAUCGAUUUGAACUCUAUUAGUACACAAAGGUACAUGUCCCUACUCGCUCUACCUUCCGAAUCCCCUGCCGUACUUUGCUAACAGACUUGAUGAUAUCUGCACUCAGGUUCCCCCUCGUGCGAUGUUUGUACGUCAUCACAGCAGCAGAACCGAUCUGCAACGCUAUUCAAGCCUGACUGCGUCACCAUUCGGAUCCAAUGAUCGUAGGUGGUCCAAGCGGUUGGAACUCUUCUGGGCUCAAUCUUGAACCUCAUCGUGGUGCGUCCAGAGUGCUUCAUACGAGGAAUCAUACUGAGACUCGUGAUACCUAUUUCGGCCAGAUGAACUCGAUCGUCAACUCGCAACGUGAAAUUCUGCUGAGCGUUGAAGGAUCGAAUUUAUGGUCUGGCAACGUGGUGCAGUCGUACAACACUCAGGUGAGCUUUGCCUGUAACACUUCAGUCCCAGACCCUGUCUCGAAAGACUGCCCCAGCUGACUGGAUAAAACUCGACCCCGAUCUUCCACCGAUUAGGCCGUCUCGUGAGUUACUGCUCGUGGGCCCGUCCUUGAUUCUUGACGAGUUGCCACGAACUGAUUGUGGGUCGUGUCGCUCGUGUCACUUCCCUGUCAUCAAGAUGGGGCGCGUUGGGCAAAGAGAUGGUUGGUCGUCGCGUCAUCACUAAGAUGGCAUGUGCUUUUACUGUCAAGUGCACAUCUUACUGAUUCAGGAGCUUGCUGUAUAUCGUGCUUCAAUAGUAUGGUCCUCGUAAGUAGCUCAUACCCUCUGAAGGAUGCAGUCUUUUCUUGACAGUUCGUCCACCUGACUGCCGUUCACCCCCAGACAACAAAUACUUCCUCAUCCCGCUCGGCCUUCUUAUAGGCCUGUUUGUUCCUGUGCCCUUCUACCUUGGACAUCGAUUCUUUCCCAAGCUUCGCCUCGAUCGCCUCGUCACUCCCCAGCUGGUCUUCUCUCUUGGGUUCCUCUCGGUAAGCGAAUUGUCUCCCUGAGUUCCCGAAGAUAGGAUUCUUUAUUCGGAGCUACUGAACGACCUUGAGCCCUUGUACCACAACCAGGUCGGCAUCAACUCGAGCGUCAUGUCGCUUUUCUUGCUCGCGAUUUGGUCGCAGUUCUAUCUGCGAAAACGCCACCCUACCUUCUUCCGCAAGUACAACUACUUGUUGGCGGCUGCACUUGAUGUGAGUGGUUCCAUGUGGUUGAGUUCUGCAUUUGAAGACCCCAUCGAUCCGCUGACUUCGAGAUCUCCAUUCUUUUUUCUAGGGCGGAACCGAUUUCAUGGUCUUCAUCUCAACGUUUACAGGCAAGUUCGCUCUUGGUACAAAGUUCUUUCCAGGUGCUGAUUUGACGGGUGCCUGUUCAAACAGUGAACGGCGGAGCUGGGAAACAAUACACCUUCCCGACGUGGGCACUCAACCCACAGGGCCAUUACGAUUGUACGUCCGGGUGCGAAUGCGAUAGGGGCCUCGGGUCACCUGCGCUGACUUGUGCCGUCCCAAUCGCAGACUGCGCUCCGCUUCCCAAACAUACUUGAUCUUUGGAACAAUGGUGCUCUCUCACGUGGCCCUCUACGCAUCUUGGCGUACUUCUUGCUUCUUCAUUGGGGUGAUCCUGAUCGGACUCGGCUUCGAUCCACUUUUGUGGUAA